AUGGCACGGAUUAGAAUGGACAACUUUGAGGUGAAAGAACUCACGGAAGUCGUCAUGCAAGAUCCCCGCCGCAGGCUCAACAGAGCCAGGCAAGGAAACCCUCCCUCUAGCCAGACAACCAACAAUCAGCCUCAGCAGAAUCAGCAUGAAGAGAUUAGUCGCUUUAGCCCGUACUCGUCGAGCCCAGAUUCUGACAAUCAGUCUGGGCAUAAUCAGCCUCAACUGAUGAGUGCCUUUAGCAUGGACUCCUCGAUCCAGGCAGCAAGCACUACUAAAGACUCUACAUAUGAACAAAGAGUUGAUAACGUUGCUACCACUCACGAUCCUGCUGAAAGCAAUACAACGGGCGAUACUACGGUUCCCGAACACGUCAAAAGGGACAGAGAGCUAACAUUACAAGCCUUGACGGGUAGGGCACUACCUACGGCAGCAUCAGAAAGGACAGGAGAGAAUUUCAGCGCAGGGGUAGCCCAGAAUCCCCAAGCAGCCCAAAUCGUGAGCAAAAGUGGUCAUGACGCUCUUGCACGACGCCAUAGGGGAAAUUAG